AUGAACUCCGUUCGCCAGUCAUGUCGACCAAAACAUCAAGUCCUGAUUUUAAAAUGCUAUCCUCGGUUCCAAAAGGGUAUACAAUCCGUCAAGCCCAAUUCGUCAGAGCUUAGUUAUCUCCUGUACUAUGCCAGCACGCGACGGAGCAAGCUUCAAAAGGUCGGUGCUUUCCUUGAGAAAAGAGCAGCUAGGGAUGUGUGGAGGGGUAAGACUGGAAAUGUUCAGGUUACCCUCCAGAUCCUUGCCGCGCUCAUCGAGAAAGUACCACGCGAUUUACCUCUAUAUGCGAAAUCCGUUCUCACAGUGCUUGAUAUCGUCCUCCGCUCGCGCGAGGUAAGCAUGGUGGAAGAGACAAUUCCAACUUUCGAACUAUUUUGUCGCCAUCAGGACAGCGCAACUCUAACUGCGGAUCACGAAUACAUUAUACAAUACCGGGAUAUUGUAGGCACCUACGCGAGCUUCGCAUCCACCGAGACACCACCUGCUUCUAAAAUUCCCAUGAGUGCGCCAACGGCUUUGCGGUGGAGAACCGUUGGUUUAAAAGCCAUCAAGAACAUUGUAACCUCAGAAAUCCUCUCAACAGACGGUGCCAAACAGCUAAAUGUUGUGGUUCCAGUGACUCUUCAGAAUCUGUAUGCUGGAGGUGAUCCGGGCCUGUCGCCUUUGCAGGAAAAGGCAAAAAGCUCAGAGCGGAUGGAACGGGAGCAGUUGCGCCGACGUCGCAUGAGCAUCUCCACGGUACAAACUGUGGAUACCGUCGAUGGAAACGGUGAUCCUGAAUCUGCUUCUAGCUCUGCGGCGGAUGCGGAUAAAAUGGCCGAAGUAGAAGCGCGCGUCCUAGCACUGCGGUGUCUAGAAAAGGUGUUUUCUGGAACAAACAGGGUGCAAAUACGAUUUGCGACAUCGCUGGUUUUGAGCUUCAUCGUCAGCAGGCGUCCACCACGAGACCAAGGAGACGGACGAAAUCUUAAUCAGAAGACCGAUGGAAACUGGGCUACAAACUUACUGGAUGUUAUCACGAACUGGACUCCCGUACAAGAUCGUUUCAUUAUCCUUGUGACCCUUUUGGAGACCUUGAUGGAUCGCCCGCUUGUCGAUGGACACCUUGAACCACAGCUUACCCUCGCAUCCAUGAUGAAUUGGCUGUUGGGCUCGUCUAUCAAUCUAAUUGGUCUCAGUGUAAUGGAUGUCUUGAUGGGUUUACUUCAACUCACUCGCCAACUUCUACACCUCGGAGAUGGCACCCAUAAACUGAUUAUACCUCGUGAUCCGUCUGCAUUUGUCAAGCCACUACCGCAUAUAGACGAAGGCGGAGCGGGUUCACCGAUAAACGGAAAUAAUGAAAAGUUUCCUACGGCAGAGCCUAUGCGGCAUGAACUGCUAGAGCUGCUUGAAAAGUGCAUUGGCAACUUGGCGACUCAUAUCUACUAUGGGGAUCAGGUUUCGGAUAUGAUCCGAGCAAUUGUCACACGAAUCAAACCGUCUCCCUACCCACAAAGUGAAAAUACCCACCAAGAGUCUGACUCGGACAAUGUGGCACCCAAACCAAGCCCUCCUCGCUCCGUUCAUACUACUGAAAUUUAUUUUUCAUCUCCUGCGGCGCGAGUUGCGGCGUUGAAGUCUAUUAAGGAUAUCUUAGUGGUAGCCAAUUUGCGCAAAUCCAUCCCCGGAACUGGCCCUGAUUCAAGGAGCCGCGUCUCUUUACAGGUGUGGGAAGGCACGCAUUGGCUGCUCGGUGAUCCUAAAAGGGAGGUCCGCAUUGCCUAUGUUGAUGUGUUACUUACUUGGCUUCAGCUGGAGACGACCAAGGUCGACCUGAGAGUACCUGCUGAGUAUAACAAAGCGUCAAAGAUCGGCGCCAAAAGGGAUGUAUCUGACGUCCCAGAAAAACUCACAAGAAGGAUCGUAUCCAGUGCUCCUCAACGAGAAACCGGGCCAGUUAGUCAUGCGUCAGGCUUCUUACAGCUCCUUCAUCUGACCAUCUUCGAUAUUGCAAUGGAGCCAUCCACUACCGAAUCAGACGUCUCGAUCCUUCAUUUACUGCUCGUCAACAUGGUGGAACAUAUGGGAGUGAACGCUGCCAGAUUCACGUUGCCGGUGCUGAUGAAGCUCCAGGCUAUGGCUCUGUCCACUAUUCCUAUGUCGGCUACCAAGUUGCUCCAGGUCAGCAGCCUAGUCCACGGCUUCCUUUUAGCGUUGGUAGAGAAGUUCGACUUGGAGGGAACUAAAGUAGGAAAUGACAUUAUCAACGAAGUUACCAGGAGGAAAAAACGCGGCAUUUGGCUUGACAAAAUCCAGGUACCGCCACGACCACUUGAUUCCAUUCAGCCUACUCUAGACACAAAAGUCGACCAAGUCUCCCUACCCCAGCCAGAGCAGUCCGCGUAUUCUCCGUUUUCAUUGCUGGAGGAACUUGUUGGGCAAAUUGAAACCUCCUACAAUUCGUCUUAUUUAUCUCCACCAGCCAGUCCUUCUAGUUCUCCAGGACGAUCAUUUUCGAUACCAUCUAUAGGGCAUAAUAGUUCAACUCAAGCGAAAAUGCCUGCGAGCUCGCAGUUACCAUUGCAUGUCAAAGAGUUAAUGUUAGCUCCAUGGUCAAAGGAAGCCUGCCUAGCCGCUAUUGAGAAGGAGAAAGCUCAAACAUCCUCUCUUAGUGGUUCUCGAACAGCAACUGGCGCCUUUUCCGCUGGUCGCAAUGCCCACAACAUGGGAGCACCCAACCACGGGCCCGGUUCACCCACGGAUACCGCACGGUCCGCGUGGAACCGACAUGAUUAUCCCGUUUCCACUACGGGCUCUCCAGUUGGUGGUCUAAAUGCGAUUCAAAAAACUCGGCGUCAAAGUAUCCCCGAGAGCCGCGUAUCUCCUCCGACAUCCAGUCGUGACUCAACAGUACGAGUUAACGACCUGCGACGAGUACUUUCCGUUGUCAAUAAUAAAAAUUCGCGCCAGCCGAGUCCUCUACGCGGUCGUCAAAGGGUAGAUAGCACAGCGUCUAGCACUGAAAGUAUGGUCAGUGAUAAUUUGUCUAUUUCCGACGCUGGCACCGCUGCUAUUGAUAGACCACUGUCCUCCCGUGGAAAUCUUGGAACCCCUCGAGGUUCCAAUCUACAACUCAGCGGUAACAAGGCAUCCGGCCAAUCUCAAAAAGAUUUCGAAAGGGAGGAUAUCCCUCCUGUUCCCCCCCUACCAUCUUCCCUAGCCAUACCCGGCGGUUUUCCAUCAGAUUCCCGCAGUGCAUCCUCCGUUACUUCGCCGUCCCACUCACCUAUUCGCUCCGACAGGCCUUCAACUGCACCAGGGCGCCCAGUGCGAACACCUUCCAAGAGCCAAGGUAGUAAUGCGUCUACUAUACGCCCAAGCAGGUCGUUAAGUAGGAAAAAGUCUCUGAACGGGAGCCUACAUGAAGAAAAGGUUUCAGCCAUCAAUGGAAUUCCCAAUGCACCUGAAUACAGCGUAGAUUUGGGUGAUAUUGGCAUUGCUAUCACCGCUGACACAAGCGAAACGGCUCAUCAGGCCGCGGAUCGAGGCGAUACAAGUAACCAAUGGUCAAGGCGCGAAGCCUCGCGGACAUUGAGCUUCGGUCGACGAGCGGAUGUGGACAAGCUACUAGCAGGCCUUGCUAUUCGAAACGAUCAUCGACAGAACGGCACUGACGAGGUCAAAGGAGUAGAGGUCACUUUGAAUGGUGUGGAAGGGAGCACCAGCUCGACAAAAACGAGGAAGAAUCCAUACUUCGGGUUCACAAACGAUGAGCAUAAGGCGCCUCAGCCUCGAAAGAGCGGAUUGCUGGUACCGGGUUCGGCUCCUUGGAAUCGCUCAGCAAGCGAUUCUCGAGGAGGUAUUGGGCCACCUCCUUAUUAA